AUGUAUAUUUACGAGUUACCGUUCGAAAUUAAUAAAGAAUUAUGUAGGUUGUUGGACCAUGAUAAUGAUUGGAAAGAGUUGGCUGGCAAUUUUAUGAAAUAUUCAGCUUUUGAUGUCAAUGAAAUAGAACAAACCACAAGACGACAGUUUUCAUCACCAACAGAUCUAUUAUUUAGAAAAUGGGGUCAACUUAAUCAUAGAGUGGAAGAGCUUUUUGUUUUAUUGCAUCGUAUGAAACAUGUACCUGCUUUGAGGAUUUUACUGCCAGUAGUGGAUCGUAGGUUUCAUGGUCUAUUACUAAAACAUGAUAAUAAUUUAAAAGGGAAACAUCCACAUUCAUCGGACAGUGAGAUUAAUGAGCAGAAAACUCAAAAGGUUGAAGACAGUGAUCAACUUUUGCCUGUUCCUGUAGUGCUUAUUAAAAAGGGUGUGCAACAAAAAAAUCAGAAUCCUGUUCAACUACAUUCACCAACAGAUGAUUCUAAUAGUGACACUUCAAAUAACUCAAAUUCGAUGAGUGACAGAACCGAAGAGUUAAAGGAUGAAAUUCUGAGAAACGCAUCGGCAAUACCUAUGCUUAGCUAUAAGGAUUUGAAGGAAGCCACAAAUAACUGGAGUCCAAAGAACUUGUUAGGGCGAGGCGGUUUUGGACAAGUUUUUAAAGGCGAAUGGAAGCUUUUACCUGUAGCCGUAAAGAGGUUGCGUGAUAACGAUGGGAAAAAUAGAGAAUUAAUUCGGGAAAUGUGUCUCAAUCAGUACAGACAUGACAACAUUUUACCUUUGUAUGGAUAUAGUUUGGGAGGUCCCGAGGCGUGUUUAGUAUAUCAAUUAAUGGCAGGUGGCUCUUUAGAGCAAAGGUUAAGAAUAAAACCUGGCCAAAAACCUUUGACUUGGCCACAACGAUACAGGAUAGCUCAUGGUGUUGCCAGAGGCCUACAAUACCUUCACACUAUGGAGGUAACACCAUUAAUCCAUGGGGAUAUAAAGCCAGCUAAUAUUCUCCUAGAUCAAUGUACAAUGCCCAAGAUAGGGGAUUUUGGUCUCGCUAGGAAAGGGGACGAUAGUGCAUACCUAAAAGUUUCUAGAGUGAACGGCACCCGGCCGUACCUGCCGGGCGACUACGUGAGCUCGCGCAACCUGUCGCCCGCCGUGGACGUGUUCAGCUACGGCGUGGUGAUGGCGGAGGUGGCCACGGCGCUGCCGUGCGUGGACCGCGCGCGCGCCGCGCCCGCGCUCAGCGAGUACAUACACCAUCUCGCCAGGCACGGCAUGAUGGACUUUGCCUCAUUAGAAGACAAAGCUCUAAUAGGAACGCUGAAUUCGAACCCGCGAUUGUGCAACGAGUUCGUCUCCAUCGGCAUCCACUGCACCAAAUAUCGCGGGGAGGAGAGACCGACUAUGUUAGAUAUUUACAAACGCUUAGACGCCAUGGAGUUUCCUGGAAAACAUUUUACG